AUUACGAACGAUAGAAAGAGAGACAGAGAGAGAGAGAGAGAGAGAGAGAGAGAGAGAAGGAAAGAAGAAAGAAGAAAAAAGAGAGAUAGAGAGAGAAAGAAAGAAAGAAAAGGAAGAAAGAGAACGUCUAAUAUGCGGGACGUCAUUGGGUCGAGCGAGCGAGCUCCGAGACAAAAUGGGGCCCGUUGAUCGGGCCCGGAAGAGCGUUGGGCUCCGAUCACGAACGGAGGUAUGGAUGUCAUCGGGGACGGGGACGAGCAGACCCUCCAGGCGAUUCUAGGUCGAGGCGACUUCGUUGGAGGAAUUGACAACGAAGCCUUUGACUUUUCGCAGUUGGAGGAUUUCAUUAACAGCGACAGCGAACAACCAGCAACAUAUUUCGCGGACACUCUCGCAGCAGAAGAAAACGGGAGUGGAACGACGAGUCAUGGCGAUCGAGUUGAAGCAACGGGUAGUCAGCAAACACCACAACGUUUACCUUCACCGAUCGCUCACAAUCAUGCUGUGUCGAACGCAUGUUCUUCUGGUACCACCACUACCACCGUCCCAACCGGUACCGCCUACAAAGAUCCACAAUCGUACGUUCAUCCACAUCCGUUGCCAGAAAGUCCACCGGACAGUGGAAGCGAGCCACCAUAUUCUCCACCUGGACACCAUGAUCCCCAACACGUUCACUCGCCACAUCAAAAGGCGGCUUUACAAGAAAUACUUUUACAUCACCAAGGUAGUACAUCCAAUUAUCCAGGCAAUUUGUUACCAUCCUCACCAAGAACAUUGGCCACGUCUACCGACCCCUUAUUGUUGACACAUCCGGUCUUAACUCCUCAUCUUACGUCAGGAACGACGAAUUUGUCGACGCAACAACAAAUUGCACCAACCUUAGUACCGUUGUCGCACGAACAUGGUAACGAUGGUAUUAACACGUUAUACUCGUCUCUUCAGUCAGCACCUAAAAAGAGAAAACUUAGUCAGGAUGGGCUUAUUCAUGUCAAACAGUCUUCGCAUAAGGAACCGGAACUGGGAACAGUGGAACAUAGUUGCAGCAGUAGCAGUGCUGUUCUCGAUGGCGAUGAAGUUGCUGACAGUAAUUACAUUGAUCCGAGUUAUCAAUGUAUACGAUUUCAUCCCUUUCAACAAACUUCUUGGCACGUACUUUGCGAUCAUAAUCUUAAAGAACUUCCUGUACCGCAUUACAGAGUCGAUGCGGAUAAGGGAUUUAAUUUCAGUAAUUCCGACGAUGCUUUUGUUUGCCAAAAGAAGAAUCAUUUUCAAAUCACUUGUCAUGCACAACUACAAGGCGAAGCUGUAUUCGUUCGAACCGGUGAAGGGCUGAAAAAGAUAAAUAGCUUUCAAUUACAUUUUUAUGGCGUUAAAGUCGAAUCGCCGACCCAAACUAUCAGAGUAGAACAAAGUCAAAGCGACAGAAGUAAGAAACCCUUUCAUCCUGUUACCGUUGUUUCCAGGGUGGAUUUAGGCGGCGAACGUGUUACGAAAGUAACAGUCGGCCGCUUACAUUUUAGUGAAACAACGAGUAAUAAUAUGCGUAAAAAGGGAAAACCAAAUCCAGAUCAAAGAUAUUUUCAUUUGGUCGUUGGUCUUCAUGCUCAUACAGCGGACCAAGCCAGUUAUCAAGUCGUUGCACACGCUUCGGAAAGAAUAAUCGUCAGGAACCAGCAACAUUUUGUACAGGCAAGUAAUCCAGGACAAUUUGAAUCUGAGGGUAGUGGAGUUGGAGCUGAAGGAGGAUGGCAAAGAGGUGCAGCACCUGAUAGCGUUUAUCAUGCUGGUCGAGUUGGUAUUAAUACGGAUAGACCGGACGAAGCUCUUGUAAUUCAUGGCAAUAUGAAGGUUACUGGUCAUAUAGUUCAACCAAGUGACGCAAGAGCUAAACAAAAUGUUCAAGAAGUGGAUACACGCGAACAAUUGAGAAAUGUACAACAGCUUCGUGUCGUAAGAUAUCGAUAUGCUCCAGAAUUUGCCUUGCAUUCAGGUUUGGGAAUAAAACCGCAAGAAGAUACAGGUGUUAUAGCUCAAGAGGUACAACAAAUUUUACCGGAAGCUGUACUUCCGGCCGGCGAUAUUGUUCUUCCAAAUGGUCAAAGAAUUGAAAACUUUUUGGUCGUUAAUAAAGAACGAAUAUUCAUGGAAAAUGUAGGAGCCGUGAAAGAACUUUGUAAAGUAACAGACAGUUUGGAAACUAGAAUAGAUCAACUAGAAAGAAUAAACAAACGCCUUGCUAAAUUAAAAAGAGGCGACAGUCUUAAAAGUUCCGUCAGUACAGUAUCUAGUAUAUCGAGUAAUAAAUACUCAUCGCCUACCAAUAACAAAUCGUCUAUUCUUGGAAAAACAAAAAGGAUUGAAAGAGAGGACGAACUUUUAUGCAGUAAUAAAUUUAUACAAAUUAUUAUCGUUAUACUUAUAUUGAUAAUGGCAUUUUGUCUCGUGGCAAUGGCGACAUUAUAUUUUCUCGAGUAUCAGAAACGUAGUAGCCUCGAAUGGUCAACAAUGGCAAGUAAAGAUAUGCUGGCUGUGAAACCUGUUCAUCCAGCAAUGUUAUCAACAACACCAACUUACGAUCCUAGAUUGAACUCUUUACUACAUAGUACAAUAUCUUCUUUAUAUACAAAACACGGUCCGUAUACGAGAGGUUUGGAUGGUGGAUUAUCCUUAAAAAGUAAUUCAUUAACAACACAAUCGCCUAACACGAAACAACAAUUAUAUUCGCAAGAAAUAACUUCAUGGUAUCCGAUAAAUCAUUCGGGACCACAACCAAAGCUCGAUAAAAAUAACGAGUUUCCUGGGAACUGGUUGAGUAAAAGCGGUGCAGGUGCCAUUCCUAGUAACGUAGACGAAAAUGAUCAAGGAACAGACGUCGAUGCAACGCCAUCAAACAAAGAUCCGAUUCCUUUAGGAAGACCAAUCGAUUGUCCCGCACAUUUCAGUGAACUCGAAAGUCCAUGUCAGGUUUAUUGUUGCUCUGCCGAAAUUCAUCAAUUGGAAGAUCCACAACCAGAUCAUCCACCAGAGAAAAAAUCUAUUUCAGAUCAUCUGGAGCAACCUUUAAAUAUCCAUGAAGAGAAGCGUAAAGUAAGCAAAGGUUUUCAAAAUGGCAUUAAUCCAUCUGAUCCUAGCACACAAACUCUCGUAAAAGAGAGCAAUUACAAAUAUCUACAUAAAAGGACAAAACGAGAAACUGUUGGUGCAGAUUGGGGAGAAGUAGCUAGUAACGCUGCUGGUUCAUUACCACCAGAACCUAAACCCCAACUGUUUAUAGUUGCCAAAAGCUUUAAUGUCUCCUUAGAUCAACGAUAUUGCUCUGCUGCCUCACCAAAUACUCCCAACAAUAUUAGUUGUAUUAUACCGCUAUCUAAACAUAUGCCUGAUAUGCAUCUUACAUUACAUUUCCUCGGUAUGCCUUGGUUUUGGCAAACGGUGCAACAAUGUCCGGUAUCAUCAACUUCUAUUGACGAAACGAUGGUAUGCGGUUGGACUUAUACUUUGCAACAACAACAAACACAAUAUAUUGAAAAUAACAAUCAACCAGGCGAUCAAUCUUUUCCUUUGGAUGUAGCGCAUUAUCUCAGGAAAACGUUAAAAUUUCGUGUACCCACUGUACAGCCCCAAGAAAACAUCUGCAAGAAUCAACAUGGCGUUGAUUAUUUAGAAUUCACAUUGCACUUUUAUCGAGACUGCAAUGAAUAAUUUUUCACACAUGAAUUAUGUUUUACUAUGAUAUAGAAAGAGUGACACAGAAUUUCAGUGUACAAUUUAAUCAAUCUCAACAGUAAGUGAUAAUAUUUACAAUAAACCUGAUUGUAAAUCUCUCCCGUGCCUUAGCAUACUCUAUACUUCUUUUUAUGUCCUCUCUCUCUCUCUCUCUCUCUCUCUCUUUCUCUCAUAAAAGUUUAAACAGAUAUUUAAUACAUGGGCAUUAAAUUUUGAACCAGCUGCACAUAGUAUUUUGUAAGUAGUUAUAUAUUUUAUAUAUUUUCAUAACGAUCUAUGGCAAAUGCGUCAGAUAUCAUUAUCGAUGAAACAUAAUUGUUCAAAACUUUUCAUUUUAAUCUAAUAGAAGUUGGAUGAUAAGUGAUGAAUGUAUACCGAAAAAAAAAAAAAAAAAAAAUGUUUUAAUUUACAAAUAAUUACAGACAAACAAAUCUUGCAUUAAUGACAUAUCUAUGUAAAAUUAAUUUGAUAUUACAUAUAGUUAUCUUUUUUAAUAUAUUAAGCGCAAUUGUAAAAUCAUAUCGAGUCAAAUGAUUUGGCCAAUACUCCUUUGCAAUUAUGCAUAACUAACGAAGGAGAAAUUUUAUCAUAUAUAUCAUUAUUUAUUAUUAAUUACAUAUUUCUACAAUACUGUCAUUAUCAAAUACUUUUGAUAUUAUAGGAUUUCAAGUUCCUAGAAACAAUAUAUAUAAUAAAAAAUUUGUUUUUAGAACAAAUUAUUUUAAGAUACUUACAAUUAAUAAUGCAUUCAUACAUGAUCCUAAUUUUGUGUUAGAAACAUUGGGCUUUAAUUAAAUUUAUGUAUUAAUAUGUGUUACCUCUUCUGUUGUACAAAAUUAAAUUAUCACAAUUUUUUAUUUAAAAUCCUCAUGUAUUAAAAAUGCAAUGGAGAUGUCUAUUAUUGUGUAGUUAAUUAUAAAAAAAAAAAAAAAAAAAAUAAUAUUAUUAAUUAACACGAAGAAGAGAUCAAAGAAGAUAAUAUAAAAGACAUGAUUUGAAAACAUUUCCUUUUCGAUCAAUUUUAUAGAAUUAUUUGUAAAAAAUUUGUCUCGCGAACAUCUUUAUUUCUUAUUUCUUACGACAAAAUUAAAAAUUAGCAAGUUAUGUGCAUUGUAUCACUUACUGCCGUCCAUAUAAUUUUUUUUCUUUUUCUUUUUCUUUUUUUUUUUUUUUUUUUUUGUUGGGGGCAAAUACAUAUGCAUAAUACAGAGUGAGGCAAUUACAUGCACACUUUGAAUAACUUCUAAAUUAUUAUGUAUCCAAUAUGCGAAAGUUACAUAAUUUUUUUAUAUAAUACAUAAUUUAGGAAUUAAUUAGAGUGUAUCUGUUAGGUGUUUCACUCUGUAUGAUAGAAGUUAUAGUUUAUAUGAGAAUACCAAUGCAACAGAGACUCAUGUGCACAAACUUGUGAUGUAUCGUAGUAAACAAGAAAAAAAUGAAUAUAAUUUUAAAGUAGUAAGAAAUAUUAUCGAUCAAUGUAUUAUCAUAUACAUAAAUUGUAUAAAAGAGAACAUAUUAUUGUACAAUUAUCAGUGACUGUGUGCUUUUAGGAUAAAAUAUAGUAUAAGCAUUUUUUUAUUGUAUAUCUUACUUGCCUUAAUAUUAAAAAGAAAAAAAAGAAACAAAAAGAAAAUAUCAUUAUCUGAUUACCAUUGAAUAGUAAGCACUCUUUCGUUAUAUAAGUUUAAAUUAUGUUUGACACAUUAGUAAAUAAUUAACAGGGUACAAAUCAUACAUAAUAAGAAUAACACAACACACAAGUGAUUUAAAAAAAAAAAAAAAAGA